GGUUUCUCCGGGCGGCGGCGGUUGGGAUCAUGAACCCGCUGUAAGGCGCAGGCUGCGCGGCACGAGGGGAGGGAGGAGGAGGAGGAGGAGGAGGAGGACGCCGCGUUGAAGUUCUCCGCCAUGAACCUGAGGGGCCUUUUCCAGGACUUCAACCCGAGUAAAUUCCUCAUCUAUGCCUGCCUGCUGCUGUUUUCUGUACUGCUGGCCCUUCGUCUGGAUGGCAUUAUUCAGUGGAGUUACUGGGCUGUCUUUGCUCCAAUAUGGCUGUGGAAGUUAAUGGUCAUUGUUGGAGCCUCAGUUGGAACUGGAGUCUGGGCACGAAAUCCUCAAUAUCGAGCAGAAGGAGAAACAUGUGUGGAGUUUAAAGCCAUGUUAAUUGCAGUGGGCAUCCACUUGCUCCUGUUGAUGUUUGAAGUUCUGGUCUGUGACAGGAUCGAGAGAGGAAGCCAUUUCUGGCUUCUGGUCUUCAUGCCGCUGUUCUUUGUUUCCCCGGUGUCUGUUGCAGCUUGUGUAUGGGGCUUUCGACAUGACAGGUCACUGGAGUUAGAAAUCCUGUGUUCUGUCAACAUUCUUCAGUUCAUAUUCAUUGCCUUGCGACUGGACAAGAUCAUCCACUGGCCCUGGCUUGUGGUGUGUGUCCCUUUGUGGAUUCUCAUGUCCUUUCUGUGCCUCGUGGUCCUCUAUUACAUCGUGUGGUCUGUCUUGUUCUUGCGCUCUAUGGAUGUGAUUGCAGAGCAGCGAAGGACUCACAUAACCAUGGCAUUGAGCUGGAUGACCAUUGUUGUGCCUCUCCUGACUUUUGAGAUUCUGCUGGUUCACAAGCUGGACGGCCACAACGCAUUCUCGUGUAUUCCAAUAUUUGUCCCACUGUGGCUCUCGCUGAUCACUCUGAUGGCAACCACAUUUGGACAGAAAGGAGGAAACCACUGGUGGUUUGGAAUUCGCAAAGAUUUCUGCCAAUUUCUGCUAGAAAUCUUCCCAUUUCUGAGAGAAUAUGGAAACAUUUCAUAUGACCUCCAUCAUGAAGACAAUGAAGAAACAGAAGAAACCCCAGUUCCAGAACCCCCUAAAAUUGCUCCUAUGUUUCGAAAGAAGGCCAGAGUGGUUAUUACCCAGAGCCCUGGAAAGUAUGUCCUCCCCCCUCCCAAACUGAAUAUAGAAAUGCCAGAUUAAAUGCCACUCUCAGGGACAGAGUGUAAGUGGACUGGGACGUACCCUCUCUCCACCUUUCUCUGCCUCUUGUUCACCCCCCAACUCAGACCCAGAACUGGAGCUGGGCCUCCAGGGAAGUCCAUCUCAUGCCUUGUUUGCAUUCAGUGCCAAUCAGCUACUCACCAUGAUGGGACGCGGACAUGGCAGGGGACUGGGUCAGGUGUCCAUGAGAUGUGGAUGCCAGGAAGAACAUGAAAGGUGAGGCCAGCCUCACCCUGGUGGAUACCAGAGGCACUUGCUGGGCUCCAUCAUCCCCACUGGGGCACAGCUACCUUAAAUAGGCCCACAGAAGGAGAAGCUAAUCUACAUGGGAGUUUUCCAAAGUAUUAAAAUUCCCAUCCAAAGUGUUUAAAAGUGUUUUCAACAGGGCCUGCCUGCACAUGUAGCUCAGAGUUACCUGUUAUGGGUGGUCAGUAGGAACUAUAAGAUGUCUUGGAUGCACCAUGUGAUGUGUGUAGACACAGCACAGACAUCCUUUUCCCUGUUCCUACUGUGGAGUAGUUUGCUCUGGGAGUAUCCACAGCAGCUUUCAAUGCCUUCAUCGGUGAGCCCAUUCCAGUGGAGUGACUCCAUGCCUGUACAGUAUUUAUACAAAUAUUUUAGCUUUGUAAUAUACAGUGUCAGAUCCUAGUUCUGUAUAGUAUAUCCUGUUAAAGUAUUUUUUUACAAGCUUGUGCUGGGGAUGGACAUGUUCUGCUGCAGAAGGAGAAGGUGGCAGCACUCCAGCGCUGCCCCAAGGGAAUGCCACACCAGCAGGGGACAUGCCAUGGAUACCCUGGAAUUCCCCUGUGCACGUAGUCACUGCCUCUGCCAGAGCUGCUGCAAGGAUCAAGAGAUGGCCUGUGCUUCUCUAACAUGUGAUGAACACCAGCUAGCAAACCGCCCCCCUCCAAAGCAUUACCUGAGGCAGGACACUCUGGAGCAGUGCAGAGUAGUAAUGGCUAUGGAGCGGGGUCUGUGUUCAGGUCCAGGGCUUUGUCUGCCAGCAACUAUAGCACUUUAGAGCAGGCUCGAGGCUGUCAUAUGUGAUCACAGUUUCUCUAGGCACUUCUAGUUCUAGCUCUGGAUCCAGUCCUCCAAGUGGGCUAUCCUUCUGCAAGAAAGCACAUAGUUCACUUUUAAAGGAGGAUGAGGAGUGUGGAUAUUCUCACCCUAAAGGAAAUGUGGGAUUUUAACAUGGACAACUGCUAGAUGGCCUAUAUCAGGCAUAAUUAAGCCCCACACAUCCCUGAAUCUGCCCCUGGAACUGGCCUUUUAUGAAUGGAGGAAAAAGGAGAACAGAAUGGUGUAGUAUUCCCUGCUCUGUGUAAAAAUCAAAAUAGCUGAAUCCACUAUUUUUGCUCCCCUUAGCUGUUCAAUAAACAGUCUCCUCAUUUUACAGGUGCAUUGUAUGUAUCUUU